AUGGAGAUGGAUCCCGCUUCGAACGCUGCUCCUGCGGUAGCACCUGCUGUUGCUUCCACGAGCGCUAACCCGGCUGUUCCUGAGCUGUUCAAGGCUGGACUGCUGUGGCGUAUUCGCACCAAAGCAGUUGAGUUCCAGACGAAAUACCCUUCUGUUCGGGAAAAGUCUGCAGCUUCGGUUGCUGCUGUUCAUCUGGAGAAUCAAAAGCGUAUCCAGAAGGACUUCAUCGCUUCGAAGGAGAUGGAGGUCGAGGAGAUUUUGGCGGCUUCUAACCUGCACGUGACGACUCUGGCGACAAAGCUUGAGGACUACCUGAAAAGUCUCUCGGAGAACCCUGACCUGGCGGUAUCUGAUGCUACCAGGGAGAAGUACAGGAAGAUCAAGGGGGCCUGCAUCGAGAAGGCGCAGUCCGACAUAGCCAUCGCCAGGGAUGAGAUCAUCAUCCAGGAGUUGGAACGGCAGAAAAAACGUGAAGUUGAAGAUUUGAAGAAAGCUGCCGCGGCUGAGGAGAUCGACAGAAUGGAGUUGGAUCCGACGGUCGACGCAAUCGUUCAGAAGCACGUAAAGAAGGUCGAAGAUCGGCUUCGCAAGGAGUUCGCGGCGAAGCUGGACAAAGAGCUAUCUGCGAAGCUUCAGAAGAUUGCGUUGGAGAAGAAGGUCUCUCCGUCGGCCACCGCCGCUGACUCUAAGCCCUAG